CAGUGUUGGUGCCUCUUGCCAAACUGUAUUUAUGCGGAGUUAAAGUCCUUCUCUAUCAGAUGUUCAACAGAUCUUUUACGCUACCAGGUACUCAGUAAGUGAAGGCAUCCAAGUGGUUUGCUUACCAAAGGAACCAAUGGAGGGUAAAAGUUCAGGACCUUCAUGCUCUGGCCUCAAUCUGGUCGCACACCCACGAGCAAAAAGCAAAGUCUGGAAAUACUUUGGCUUUGACACAGAUGCAGAUGGGUGCAUAUUACACUGGAAAAGGAUAUACUGCCGUGUAUGUAUGAGCCAAAUUGCUUACUCUGGAAAUACCUCCAAUCUGUCGUACCACCUAGAAAAGAACCAUCCUGCAGAGUUCAGUGAGUUUGUGAAGAGCAACACAGAUCAGAUGCGUGAGGCAUUCGCCACAGCAUUCUCCAGGAUAAAGACAGAGCCCUCAGGUCUACAAGUGCAGCAAUCCCUGGACACAAACUUAAGGCAAAGCUUGAACUAUGAAAACAGACGACAUAAUGAUCUUACAAUAGCCAUCAUCAACUUCAUCUGCGAGGGGUUGUACCCUGUAUCUGUAGUUGAAGAACCUACUUUCAAGACGUUAAUGAGUACAGUCGAUCCUGGAUACUCUCCACCAAGCAAAAGUGACCUGGCAGUUAAAAUGCUUCCUCAGAUGUAUUGCCGUACCCGGGAUAUGGUCUUCAGUGAUCUUGGUGGGGUUGUGAACUGCGGCGUUACUACAGACCUUUGGCAAAGCCAAACCCAGAACAGAACAUAUAUUUCACUCUCUAUGCAUUCGGUUAACUACAAUAGUACAGCUGGGUUCUCUAUGACCAACAAGUGCCUUAAAACAUUUGAAGUACAAGAGGACAACACGGCCGAGAAUAUCACCAGAGCAAUGUAUGAAGCCUUUGUUGAGUGGGGGAUAAUUCAUAAAGUCAGUGGUGCUACCACAAAUGGUUCAGUGGAUAUUGUGAAAGCAUGCUCACUCUUGGAACUGUCUGUGGAAAUGCCUUGCCUUGGACACACCGUCAAUCGCGCAGUGGACGAAGCCUUCCAGCUGCCGCGAGUAGACAGCUUUUUAGGAUGUUGCCGCAAACUUGUUGAUCAUUUCAGAGAACCGGCAAUGUAUCUACUGAGAGAAAAACAGAAGCAGCAUGGCCUUGCUCAGUCUGCACUCAUCACAGACAGGGGUAGGUCUUGGUUGGCCACAUUGGCAAUGUUACAAAGACUGAAAGAGCAGCAGGUUGCUGUAACUGCAACGCUUAUAGAGAGUUCCAGCAGCCAUCAUUUCAGCUUUGAUGGUCCUGACUGGGCCUUGUUGGAGGGCUUGAUUGAAGUCCUCCAACCUUUUAAAGUUGUGGCAAACAUGAUCACUUCUUGCAGGUACCCAACCAUUAGCAUGGUAAGGCCUGUGCUUCAUAUGCUUUUGAGCACCACCCUUAAGGUUAAGGAAGGGGACCUCAAAGAGAUCAGCAUGACCAAAGAGGUAAUCUCCAAGGUCCUAACAAGCACCUACUCACAGAAUUCACAACUAUCGCAAGAGAUCUCAACAUUCCUCAACAUUGCUACAUUUCUAGAUCCCCGGUACAAGAAGUUGCCUUUCCUGUCCACACAGGAACGCUCCAAAGUUGAGAGUAACAUAAUUGAGGAGGCAAAGGCAAUCCUUGAGAAGCAGAAUGCAGAGCGGCCAUGCCCUGAUGAUUUUUCUGUGGUGUCUGAUGAGCCUCCUAGCAAAAAACAGACUCUGCGAGAAUCUUCAACCAGCAGCGCAACCCAAGACAACCCUUUGGCUGCCAUAUUUUGUCAGUCUGAUGCAGACCAGAGUCAGGAAGAGCUGCAUGCUCAGGUGGUAGAGGAGCUGAGCAACUACAAAUCACAGAGAGUCCUAGGUCUGAAUGAGGACCCUUUACUUUGGUGGUCAAGCCAUGCAGCCUUGUUCCCCACCCUUCCCAAGGUGCUUCAGAAGUACUGGUGUGUUCCAGCCACAAGUGUCCCUUGUCACAGGUUGUUCAGCUCCUCGGGGACUGUUCUGUGUGGGAAGAGGAACCGUAUAGCUCCAGCACUAGUAGAUCAACAAGUUUUCUUGUAUGAGAACUCACGGAGUUACUACGAGCCUGAACCCUGUGUGGAUGAUUUGGACAAUGUCUGGGAAGAAAAACGUAGUCUAGGUCAGCCAGUUGAGUGACUUUGUGCUUAAAAUCACAAAAUAUCAAAGAAUUUCUACAACUUUAUUGCCUGUAUACUUGGUAGCCUACAUGUGAGACCAGCUGAAACAUUAAAAAGUAUAAUGAAGGUGUUUCAGUCAGUAGUGUGAAAAUGUAAUGGACCUGUUAUGAUAACUUUACGUUUAGUUGUGGCCUGUAAUCUGUAUGAAAAGAGCUAGGCCAUCUAACCCAUUCAAGAACAGUGUAACAUUUAGGGGGAAAAGCUUAUCUAUUCUUUCCAAGAGUGAGAUGAGAAGAUUGAUAUCAAUCUCGUGUCUGAGCUAAAGACCUAAAGCCAGUACAUAAACCUUGAUUGCAUUAAGACUGGAAGCAGGGGAAACAGCCAACCUGCCUCUGUCCAAACUUCAUUAAUACGUUCUCCCAACACCUAUUAAGCUCCGUAAUUAACGCUAAUAUGUUUAAUCUGUACAUAAACAGAAACAUAAAAACUGUAGAGCUGUUGCUUAAAAAAUGGCUCCAACACGUAAUUCACCCUAAAAUCACAAACCAGCCAGCCUAACAGUGUGGCAGUGUCAGUCGGUCAGUCAGUCCACUACUUUGGUCCAAGCCAAAACAACAACCGAGUAACAAUUAGAUAAAUUAUCACAUUUUCAACACACAUCCAAUCAUCCCCAGAAGGAUGACUCUUAACGACUUUGAUGAUCCUCUAACUUGUCUUCUAGCGCCAUCAGCAGGUUGACAUUUUUGUUCUUUAGUGAAAUGUCUCGACAAGUAUGCGAUAGUAAAUGUUAGUAUGCCAACACCCUAAAGUAAGAUGAUGAACAUGGUAAAUGUUAUAACUGCUAACAUCUGCAUGUUAGAAUUGUCAAUAUGAGCAAGCUAGCAUGCUGAUGUAAGCAUUUAAUUCAAAUCACUGCUGUGUCUAAGUACAGCCUCACAGAGACAGACAGAGACUUUCAAUCUUGUUAUAUUUCUUUUCAUGUACGGGUUGAACAAGACACAGAAUGUGUUUAUUAGUGAGCUUUUGAGGUGUUUCUAAGCUUUUUCACUUUGAACAGAGCCAGGCUAGCUGUUUCCCCCUGCCUCCAGUCUUAAUGCUAAGCUAGGCUAAUCAUGUCCUGACUCCAGCAUGAGAUUGAUAGCAAUCUUCUCAUCUCAAUCUCAGAUAGAAAGAUUUAUCAUAACAAUUUGGAAUUUUUUUGUAUAAAAUCUAAGAAAAUUAAGAGUUAAGACGGGAUUUCAAACUGACAGUGUGUGAAAACCUCUGAUUUACAUAAACAAAGCCGAUAUGAAACCAGCUCUCAUCUCUUCAUAUUAGAUCAUAACAGAUAUCAUAACAGAUGUAUUAUCAAAACAAAGAUAAUUUUGCUUAUUUAUAGAAAAGUAAUGUUGUGUUGUCUGUCACUAUCUGUGUGUCUAACUGUCCAUCAUGUUACACCUCCUACAAGAAACCACUUUGUGUAAUCAGCUCUGCUGUGUCUUUUUGGACUUUUCUGUUGCAUUUUUAAAUUAAUUUUUCUGGCUGAUUUUACUUUUUUUUUAGUUUUGCGUGAGAUGUCAUUUGUAAAUACCUGUCUGGAUAUUGCUAACAUUAACAAUGGAUGAUAUUUGAAAAUGUCAUGCUCUGCAAAACACUGGGACUUAAAGAUGUUGUAAAAGAACUUUAUGAAAGUAAAGAUGUUGUUUUCAACAUUUGCCUGACUGGUUGAUGUCCAAACUUUUAUUGCAAUAUUAACUUUUCUAAUACAGUUGUAAUUGUUCAUCUUCGACAGGGCAACUGAUUUUUAAAUUCAUGGAUCCUUAUCUUAAUUACAGGUUAGACCUUUCUAUCCAACUGCCAGAGUCUAUGUGGUUCACCUCUCUGUUUGUCCAAUGUAGAACAGUUAAUAAAGUCCAUAUUUAAUUGCA